AUUUAAAUAUGAUAAGGCAAGCAAAAGAGGGCCUGAUGACUCUCCCAAAUUGCCAAUUGUAUCUGCCGAAGCAGGCUUGCUCUGGAGUCAAUGUACUGAGUUUGAAAGGGAUAAUUAUCAAUCUGUGCCAAAAAAGUUCAUAAAAUCGUGUAUCUGGGUUACUCCCAUAAACCAAAUAGGCAGUAUUGGCAUUUGGCGAUGA